AUGAAGGUCUCAACCCCCCUGCUCUUCCUAUCCGGGGCCAUCGCCGCCCCGUCUAACGACAUCGAAGCCCGCCAGUCCUGCGCCAAGGUGCACGUUAUCGGCGCGCGCGAGACCACCGUCCCCCAGGGCUUCGGUAGUUCGCAGGCCAUGAUCCAGCUGAUCCAGGGAGCGUACCCCGGGACGACGUCCGAGGCCAUCGUUUACCCCGCAGCAGGCGGCAACUCUUACGGGUCCUCCGUGACGGCGGGGAUCAAAGCGGUAGUAGACCAAGUCUCGGCCUUCACCAAGAAGUGCCCGAACACGGCCGUCGUGAUGGUGGGCUACUCGCAGGGCUCGCAGAUCAUGGACGACGCGUUCUGCGGCGGGCCCGACGGCAGCAGCAUGAGCGGGACGGCGGCGCCGCUGCCGGCCGACGUCGGCAAGCACGUCAAGGCCAUCAUCUUCAUGGGCGACCCGCGCAACGUGCCGGGGCUGAGCUAUAACGUCGGGACGGCGAAGGCUGGCGGUUUCGCCGCUCGGCCCUCGGGUUACCAGUGUCCUGCCUACGCGGAUAGGAUCAAGUCGUACUGCGACGCCGAGGACCCAUACUGCUCUAACGGCAACAACGCGCAGCACCACCAGCAAUAUGUCCAGAUUUACGGCCAACAGGCUCUCGCCUUCGUUAAGCAGAAGGUCGGCUCCGUAUAA